CGAAGAGGCUCAUGGGUACAGGAAGUCCAAAAUGGCGAUGGACGCAAUGAUGUCCACGUCCACCGGUCUUUCUUACAGCAAUGUCGGGGAGUUUUACCCCCGAAAGUUCGGCCCAAAGCCGGACGUGGUGCCCUCUGGGGUGACGGAGAGGAAGGUGGGACCGCUGGAUAAGCCUGACAUGGUGUCGGUGGAUGUCCUAAACCUGCAGAAUCCAGAUGUGCCCAUUCACAGGAAGAAGCAGGAGCACGACACCUAUGUUUUGGGCACUUUUCAUCCUUUUCGGAAGUCCAACAGAUCCGUCGUUGGGAAGUUCCUUCAAGAAGUUCGCCUUGUUGCCUCGGAUCGACGGUCAUGGAGGAUCCUGCUGUUCGGGGCGCUCAACCUGCUGUGCACCGGCUGUCUGCUGAUGUGGUGCAGCUCCACCAACAGCAUGGCUUUAACUGCCUACACGUACCUCACCAUCUUUGACCUCUUCAGUUUGAUCACCUGUCUCGUCAGCUCCUGGGUGACGAUGAAGAAGCCCAGUCAGUUCUACUCGUUUGGGUUUGAAAGGCUGGAGGUUUUGGCCGUGUUUGCUUCCACGGUUCUCAUCCAGCUGGGCGCUCUGUUCAUCCUGAAGGAGAGCGUGGAGCGCUUCAUGGAGCAGCCUGAGGUUCACACCGGCCGCCUCUUGGUUGGGACCUUCGUCGCUCUGUUCUUCAAUCUUUCCACGUUGAUGUCCGUCAGGAACAAACCCUUCGCAUACGUUUCUGAAGCGGCCAGCAGCAGUUGGCUUCAGGAACACGUGGCUGACCUGAGUCGAAGCAGUUUGUGCGGCAUCAUCCCGGGUCUCAGCAGCAUGCUCCUACCUCGGAUGAACCCCUUUGUCCUGAUUAACAUGGCGGGAGCGCUGUCCCUCUGCAUCACCUACAUGCUUAUAGAAAUCAAUAACUUCCACGCAGUAGACACGGCGUCGGCAGUCGCCAUCGCUCUCAUGACGUUCGGAACCAUGUAUCCCAUGAGCGUCUACAGCGGCAAAGUUCUGCUCCAGACCACGCCCUCCCACGUCAUCGGGCAGCUGGACAAGCUUCUCAGAGAGAUCUCCACCUUGGACGGGGUUCUGGAACUUCGCAACGAGCACUUCUGGACCGUUGGUUUUGGAUCUCUGGCUGGCUCCGCCCACGUCCGUAUUCGCCGGGACGCCAACGAGCAGCUGGUCCUGGCCCAUGUCACCAACCGCCUGCUGCCGCUCGUCUCCACCUUAACGGUUCAGAUCUUUAAAGACGACUGGACACGGCCCCUCCUCACCAGCGCCCUCACCUCCCCCGCCGUAGCACACCCCCACGCUGAAAGCUACGCGGCCUCCUCACUGAUGCCUCCUGCCCUCCCAGGAGGAGAACUGGACCCAAUGACGUCCACCCCCACCAAACUGAGCGGCCCCCCACCGGAAUUCUCUUUCAACACGCCGGGGAGGAAUGUCCCACCGGUUUUGUUUGCUGCAGCUGGCCCCCACAGCCACAGGCCCUACGGAAACCUGGGACUCGCCUACGGGGCAGUUCCCUACUCCGGUAUGCCGAGCCAGGGUUUCAUGCGGCCAGGGGCAGGACUGGGCUUGGGUGUUCCUGGAAUAGGGUCGGGGUUUGGGUUGAGUCACAGCUAUGGAACGGACUUUAGUAGCUCAAGGGCCCCCCUCCGGUUUGGAGCCAACAAUCCUUUGGGCCCUCAGACACAGUACAGACAGCACCAGCCCUGACCUCCUGCCAUUGGGGCCCCCUCCCCUACUUGAAAACUGUCAGUGCAGCUUGUAAACCUCCAGCAUGGGGGUUUAAUUUUACAGGCAGCAUGUGAUGGGCUCUAUCUGAGCAUCAAUGUGACGACACACCACAGCAUUUACCUUCUAACCCAAAGUGUUUGAACCUGAGGUGACCGUCUGAGUAAAGACGAGGCAGAUGCUGGACAUUCCCUCAAGCAUCUGAAUGUGACCCCAACUCUGCGUUACCGCUUCUGACCCUCUGAGGACCAAACACCUUUCUGCUACAGAAGGAGAAGAAAAGUCCAAAACCAGACCAGAUUGAGAAAAUGCCAGUCCCAGUGUAACUGGGAAUCGUCCCAACAGCCACACUCAGGUCAGCCCAACGUAAAACUGUCUCUACCGUGACCCCACAUGUUCUUCAAAUUGAAGCCUCGUCAAAAGUAAAGUUGCCCCUUCCACUUUAAGCCUUCAGUCUGAACAUUUUUUGAAGAUUGAAACAAACCAACAUAUGUGUGAACCAGUGACGUGCAGUCAGGAGAGGCAGGUGAGGCUGUGCCUCACCUGUCAUUAUGGGAAGAAAAGAGAAAAAAUAAAUUCAAUUAUUAUAUUUAAUCAGUA